AUGCAUUAUAGAGUGAAACAAUUUGAAAGAGAUCAAAGUAAUUUGUCAUGUCAAGGUCGGUACACAUUAGAGAUUAAGAAUGCAAUUUCUAUUCUUGAAAAGAAACAAGAGGAGCUCAAAAUUGCUCAUAAAGCAUUCUGGAAAGAGCUUACUAUUGAAAGGCCAAAUACAUCAAAGCUAGCCAAUUUAAACUCUCUUUCAGCAAAAUUAACUAGGUAUUGUGAUGAAAAUUUCGGAAUCUUGAUGAAGAAUUUCCCACAUGAUAAAACUGUUAUACGGCACUAUGCUAAAUAUGUGGAAUCCAUCAAGUUGGACAAGAACUUAUCAAGUCAACUGUUUGAAGAAGCGACAGUUCUAGAAGAAGAGGAAUCAAAGCAUUACAAACAACCUAACUUGAAACGAAAUUUAAGGUCAAGUUUGAGAAUCUACCCUGUUGAUAGAAAGGCCUUCAGAGAAGAUGAUGAUGAAAUUCUCACAAGCAAACAAGAUUUUGAAGGAAUAGAAAAUCUCUCAGAGAACAAAAAGGAAGAAGCUUUGCGAAAUGCUCUCAGCUCUCCUUACCAAUCCAAAAUAAGAACAAUUGCUUAUGCUUUCAUGUUCUCCUUAUGUAUUGCUACGGUGGUUGUUUGUUUUGCAUUAACUAAUUAUUAUCAAACAUUAUUGUCAAAAUCUCCUCUUAUUAAGGAUUCAUGUUAUAUCCAGAGUACUUAUGGUGGUUUAUUUAGAAAUUUGAGAAUGGCUCAGAUAGUUUGGGAGUUUUAUGAUGAUUUAAAAAGUCCAUUUCCAUUGGUUAAUACAACAGAAUACGAUAAUAUACAAUUGUUCAACAGCACCUUUAUGGAAAAGAUUGAACUAAAGAGAGAAGCGUUAAGAAAGUUGGAGGAGAACUCCAAUUCAGGCGUAUUUACACCUGGAAUGUUUACUGAUUUUACAAUAGAAGAUAAGCUUAUCAAUAUUCCACUCCCUAACGAUACAGGAAUAAGGAAAGAGUUUACUAACAUUUUUAAAAGAUAUGCUUCUACAAGAGAAGUAAACUCCGUCAUUUUGGAACACAUUGAAAAUUCAGUUAUGAAUGGAAAGAUGAAAUUUUAUGAAGUUGUAACGAGGUAA